CUUCGAUGGUUCAUUAUCUCAAAUGUUAUGUGUCAACGCGGCGUCUACGUCUGUAACUACUAAUGAUCCUAGGGUUACUAUUGGUUGUUUUUAUUACGUGAUGUGGGCGUGGUUACCAAUACGUCUUUGCGUCAGACGAAUUCCGAAGUUGUCGUAUUAUGAUUGCCGGGGCACGAUUUUCAAUAUCCAGUGAUUCCCGUCAAAGUCAUGAUUAACGAAAUGAGCUACGGUUUUCCUGCUGGAGAUGAGAGUGAUGGAAGCGACGCCGACUGGGACAUUGGAUUCUCCAAACCGUGCGCUGAGCAGGAACCUGAAGUCCAUUUGAACGUUGAUGACAAAGUGUCCACUUUGAAAAGAGCCAUUACUGCAGGAAAUGUCGAGCUUGUGCAAGAGCUCCUGGACGGUGGUAUGGACGUUGAGACGCGGCUUGGCUUUGGCUGGACUCCUCUCAUGUGCGCUGUCCAUGUGGCCCACAACGAGCUCGCGCAACUCCUGCUGGAUCGUGGCGCAAGUGCAAACUUCAGUAGAGACAACUUUACAGUUCUGAUGGCUGCUUGCACUGCAACAUCUGUCUCAGAAGAGAAGAUCGCCAAGUGUGUGGCCCUACUGCUCAGUCGCAAUGCUGACCCAAAUGUGUGCAACAGGAGCAGUUUGACGUGCUUGAUGCUGGCAGCCAGAGACGGCUAUUGUCAGGUGAUUAAUUUGCUGGCGUCACAUGGAGCAGAGGUUAACUUUCAGAAUGACAAUGGACAUACGGCCCUUAUAAUAGCAGUGCAGUACGGACAUGAAGUGGCCGUGUUGAAACUGCUCCAACUAGGAGCUGAUAGGUAUAUCAAAACCAAAACAGGGAAGACGGCAGCUGACAUGGCCAAAAUAUUCAAGAAGACUGAGAUGUCCAGGAUUCUUAGCUCCACAGAACCUUAUGCUGUAAAUAACCAUGCAUCGUCCAAAGCUGAGGUGCUGUGUAAAUAUCUCAAUCAAAAUCUCAACCUUCCAUGUGCCUACAAAGAGAGUUCCUCUAAGCUCAGUGAUAUCCAACUUUUGCUGCAUGGUCUGAAUCUGGACCAUCUUUCUGACGUUAUUAUGGAACAGGACAUCAAUUGGAACGACCUGUUUGUUAUGGAAAAGCAGGAUUUGGAAAAGAUUGGAGUAACAGACCCUGAGGAUCAAAAGAAGAUUCUCGGUGCCAUUGAACAGAUGAAUCUUGACAAAGUAGAUCUGGACAUGCUGACACCACUUAAUAAUAUAGACAGCGGGAGUGAAGAGUUUCUGAACUUUCUGAUCAGCCUGAAGCAACAAUGUUGUUAUUUGACAGAAACAGUACAGGAUGUCAUCAGCAGGUUCCCCCGUAGUGCCUCUGAGGUGGUUCUUACAUGUGAUCCCGAGAAAGAGGCUCAAGUCAUUUGCGCCGACAUAAUAACUCAGACGGGAGACCUCCAGAAAGAGAUGGCCUGUCUUAAGACCCUGCUCACCAAGUUUUGUCUAGUGAAAAUACUCAAAGUGCUGAGACCAACAAGGGCAGCCAUUACAUCCCACUCGGAGGUCUCAAUAGACUCUUGUAGGGGACGACAUGAGGCACAGACACUGAUGAAGACUGAUCACACAGAAUGCAUCUUGCAGCCUCUUCCUCCUAACUCCAAUGUUGGUAAAAGAGGAACGGGCCGAGGGGGGUUUGCUGUGGUGCUUGGACUUGGAAUGCUCGGAGCAGGCAGUCGUGAGGCCGCCUUUGUCUAUGCCAUCUCAUCGGCGGGAAUGGUCCACACCUUGACCAGGGCGUGCAGUCAGGGUGAACUAGACUCCUGCUCGUGCGACCCUGGAAAGAAGGGCACAUCUCGUGAUGCCAAGGGGUCUUUCGACUGGGGUGGGUGCAGUGAUCAUGUCGACCAUGCGAUCAAGUUCUCUCAGCUCUUUAUCGACGCCAAAGAGAGGAAGGAGAGAGAUGCACGGGCUCUUAUGAACUUGCACAACAACCGUGCAGGGAGGAAGGCAGUGAAGCGCUUUAUGAACCUUGAAUGUAAGUGUCACGGUGUCAGCGGCUCGUGCAGCGUUCGUACCUGCUGGUUAGCCAUGGCUGACUUCAGACAGACUGGUGACUAUCUCCGCAAGAAGUACAACAAUGGCAUUCAGGUGGUGAUGAACCAGUAUGGAACAGGCUUCACAAGCACCUACAGAAUGUUUAAGAAGACUACCAAAAAUGACCUUGUCUACUUCGAAGACUCGCCCGACUACUGUUUAGGCGACCAUGAAUCUGGUUCUGUGGGCACAGGUGGCCGAGCUUGCAACCGUACGUCCCGAGGGGCUGACAGCUGUGAGGUCAUGUGUUGUGGGCGGGGAUAUGACACAUCACGCAUGAGCCGCACCGUCAAGUGUGAGUGCAAGUUUCUCUGGUGUUGUGAUGUGCACUGCAGAGACUGCCAUGAGGAGGUGGACGUGCACACCUGCAAAGCCCAGUCCAUCACAUGACCCCACCUCUCCCGCAUCUCAGUUAUCUUGUAGUUUUCAAAGCCAAACCUUAGAGCAAGGUCUGCAGUGCUUUUCUAUAAAAAAAUUAGGUACAAGCAGACCAGUCUUGGCAGCAUGACAUACACAAAUGAGCAGCGAUUUCAGAAUUGUUUUAGUCAGUUUUAUAGCACAACUGAUUUUGAAGUCUUAAUUAGAUGUAUCCAGCAUCUUAUGUUUAUGAUUCUAACUGUCUUAUUUUUCG